GGUCACGUGGGCGCCGGGCGGCGGCGGGGGCCGAAGCGGCUCGCGCUGGGUUCCGGCUCCGGCUCGGGCUCGAGCAGCCGCUGCCGGGGGCGUGGAGGAGCUGGGCCACUGUGGGGAGCGAGGCGGCCUGACAGGAGCCCCGCUGCAUGGGGGCCCCCCGCCGCCGCCUCUGUCUCCUGCGGCCCCCGAGGGGGCCUGAGAAGAUGCCGCAGUCCGACUCUCGGAGCGCGGUGUUCCUGGGGUACCGGCCUGUGGAAUGUUGAACAUGGAUCUUCAGCAAUGCUAGAUCUACAAUGGGAAGUGUCACACUCCGCUAUUUCUGCUAUGGGUGCCUUUUCACGUCUGUGACCUGGACAGUUCUGCUCUUUGUUUAUUUCAACUUUAGUGAAGUGACUCAGCCUUUUAAGAAUGUGCCCAUCAAGGGGUCUAAGCCCCACGGACCAUUCCCCAAGAAAUUUUAUCCUCGUUUUACUCGUGGCCCAAGUCGACUCUUAGAGCCACAAUCAAAAGUCAACAAGAUUGGAUCCAUUUUAGAAAAUUAUGUUGAAGAUGCAGGCAAAAACAACGUGGAGCUCUCUCCUGAAAUGGGUAUGAUUUUUAAUGAAAGAGAUCAGGAGUUGAGAGACUUGGGCUAUCAGAAGCAUGCCUUUAAUUUACUUAUCAGUAACCGCUUGGGCUACCAUAGAGAUGUGCCAGAUACAAGGAAUGCAGAAUGUAAAGAAAAGUCAUAUCCAACUGACCUUCCAGCUGCCAGUAUUGUGAUUUGUUUCUACAAUGAAGCCUUUUCUGCCUUGCUUCGGACAGUGCAUAGUGUCAUAGAUCGAACACCAACCCAUCUCCUUCAUGAAAUUAUUUUGGUAGAUGACAAUAGUGAAUUUGAUGAUUUAAAAGGAGAGCUAGAUGAGUAUGUCCAAAAAUACCUUCCUGGAAAAAUCCAAGUGGUAAGAAAUGAAAAACGAGAGGGAUUGAUUCGAGGAAGAAUGAUUGGAGCAGCUCAUGCUACAGGAGAAGUUCUUGUGUUCCUAGACAGUCACUGUGAGGUGAACAAAAUGUGGCUACAACCUUUGCUGGUUCCAAUUCAAGAAGACCAUAGGACGGUGGUGUGCCCUGUGAUCGAUAUUAUCAGUGCUGACACACUUAUGUACAGCUCAUCUCCGAUCGUACGUGGAGGAUUCAACUGGGGUCUUCACUUUAAAUGGGAUCUUGUUCCCUUUUCUGAGUUAGGAGGACCAGAAGGAGCUAUUGCACCAAUCAAGUCACCUACAAUGGCAGGAGGCUUAUUUGCUAUGAACAGACAGUAUUUCAAUGAACUUGGACAAUAUGACAGUGGCAUGGAUAUCUGGGGAGGUGAAAAUUUAGAAAUAUCAUUUAGGAUCUGGAUGUGUGGGGGCAAGCUCUUCAUCAUCCCUUGCUCUAGAGUGGGACACAUUUUCCGGAAAAGGCGUCCAUAUGGAUCUCCUGAAGGACAGGACACCAUGACACAUAACUCUUUACGAUUGGCACAUGUUUGGUUGGAUGAGUAUAAGGAGCAGUAUUUUUCCUUGAGACCUGAGCUGAAGCUCAAAAGCUAUGGAAACAUCAGUGAACGUGUUGAAUUGAGGAAAAAACUGGGCUGCAAAUCAUUUAAAUGGUAUUUGGAUAAUAUCUAUCCCGAGAUGCAGCUCUCUGGGCCCAAUGCCAAACCACAACAACCUGUUUUUAUUAACAGGGGCCCCAAACGACCCAAAAUUCUGCAACGUGGACGGCUCUAUCACCUUCAAACCAAUAAAUGUUUGGCUGCUCAGGGUCACCCAAGUCAGAAAGGAGGACUAGUAGUCCUUAAGGUGUGUGAUUACAGUGAUCCCAAUCAGGUCUGGAUUUAUAAUGAAGAACAUGAAUUGAUUUUAAACAAUCUCCUUUGCUUGGAUAUGUCAGAAACUCGUUCAUCUGACCCACCAAGGCUCAUGAAGUGCCAUGGGUCAGGAGGAUCCCAGCAAUGGAUACUGGGGAAAAACAGUCGGCUCUACCAGGUAUCAGUUGGGCAGUGCCUGAAGGUGGUUGAUCCGUUGAGUCGGAAAGGCUAUGUUGCUAUGGCAAUCUGUGAUGGCUCCUCCCCACAGCAGUGGUAUUUGGAGAGCUAAGAUGAAGACACUGAAGGAGGAAGUCAUGGUGCUUUGGGUUCCUCCAUGCCUGACUGGAGUGAUGCUUCAGAGAGUUGACUGAGGAUACAAACCAAGUCCUUAGCUGCUAUUCCUGACUUGCACUGUCUUCUAGAGGAAUUACUUUAUUACUUUCCUCAUUUUAACUCUAGAGACUUCUGGGGAGGUGGACAGAAAUGAGGAAUUGUGUCAAAGGCCAGAGUUCCCUAAGAUGCCUGUAGUAUAUGAAGAAGUGCAAUUCAGUAAGAGACAACACAUUCUUUUUGAAAUAUUAAUAGAAAUUUCCCAUUCACAAAGAAAAAUUAGGUUUUGGUUUUUAAACUGAGAUUUAAAAACAAAAGCCAAGAAAACAGUAUGUUUCUUGCUUUCUUUAGAGUCAUGCCUCAUUUUAGUUGAUUUUUAAAAACAAUGGUUUUAACUGAUCUAGACAUAACAUGGUUUCUUUUGUUCCUUGGAAAAGUUGAUUUUCUAGAGCUGUUUUAAAAUUUCUUUCAUCAUAUCUUAGGUAGAUAAAUUGCUAUAGGUGGUUUGAAUAACAUGUUCUUUUUAACUUCAGUGGCAUUUGUAGAUCUGUAUUUAAAGAGAAAGGUACUAUUACCAAUUUAUUUUGCUUAAUUAUGAUAUCUACAUUUAUAAUAAAUUUUGUUUAUCCAUUAGG